CCAGCCAAACGUGCUCCCUCCGGCUCCCCCCCCCCCCCCACCGCGUCGGCUACGACUUCUAGGGUUUCGCUCCCCCGCCCCCGUCCGCCGGCGCCCCGUGCCCUACGACUCGCUCCUCGGAUCCCGCGCCGGCCGCCGGUCUUCCGUCCCGCCCGCUCUAGAUGGAAAAUAAUUUAAUUGUAGUUCCAUGAUUUUUAUUUCGAAGAUUAGAAGCCGCGGAUCGAGUCUCCCUCAUCUCAGGGCAAUUUUGGAGUGCAGUUUCAGAGAAAACUAGAAGAAUUGUUUUGGAUAACCUGGAAGGGAGACCCUUGUCUGGAACUAUUUAACAUCAGCAAUUUCAUCAGACUAAUAAAAAAGGUUAAAAUGACUGGUGUUGCUAGGAGAGGGAGGUCCAAGUGGGACACACAAGAAAUUUCUCCUGAUAUAGUUGAGAUCAGUGAAGAUGAGUCUCCUCCGAUGAAUAAGGACGAUCAAAGUAAAGAUGGGGAUUCGCUCCCUAGUCAGGAUCGCACUAAUGAUAAUGGAAAGCAACUUGGUGAAUCUUCGAACCUAAAACCAGAUGCCUUCAUGCACCGAGGUAGUGCUGGACAGGAGCAGGAACAUACUCAUGGGUUAAAUAAAGAUAUCAAGGAGAGACAAUCUAAAGCAUCCUCUGAAAGAUCGCAGCCUUCUAGAAUGGCUGAUGAUGUGCAUAAUAAUAAUGGCUGGGGAAAGUUAGGUUUGGAGAAGGCAACUGGUAACCAAGGUAUGAGCAGAUAUGCAGAUGACAGAAGACGUGGUGAUGGUUGGGGCACAGCUGUUGGUCGUGGUUAUCCUUCUAGGAUGUCGUCUGGUCCUGAUGCAUGGAGGCAGCGCAGCCGCAGUCCAUCCCCAAGAGGUGCUUGGAACAGGUCACGCAGGAUCAGAAGCAGAUCCAGAAGCAGGAGCAGGAGCAGAGAGCGAGGUAGAGGCAGAAGCAGAAGUCCUUAUUUUAGUGACCGUGGAUCUGAUUGGAGGGUUGACAGAGGCAGAGCAUCUGGAGGACCUUCUUUGCUCUGCAGAGAUUUUACUGCUGGUAGAUGCAGAAGAGGCUUACAUUGCAGGUUUCCUCAUGAAGAUGGCGGGCGUAGGGAGUUCGAUGAGCUUUAUGCUGCAGACCCAAGGGAAAGAUAUGUCCAUGAGAACAAGGAUUUUAUGGACCCACGAGAACCAAAUGACUAUUUGCGGAGCAGGCCUUCUCGAGGUCAUUAUGAAGAAGGUACCCGGGAAAGGUCUGAACCCCGAAGGGAUUAUAGGUCUGCUGAUCAAUGCAAUGAUUUUGUCAGGGGAAGGUGCAGCAGAGGUGCAAAUUGCCGAUAUGCUCAUGAUGAUUCUGCUUCUCAUGUUGGAUGGAGAGAUGAUGUUAGGGAAAUUGCUCAUGGCAGAGGUGGCCCUGAUUCAUCGUUUGGGAAUAGGACUGAGCACCGUAGAGAAAAUAAAAAGCCCUGUAAAUUUUUUGCUGAAGGUCGCUGCCGUCGUGGUCAAAGUUGUCCAUAUCUCCAUGAGGAAACUCCCCAGAGUCAAAUGGGACUGGGUCCACCUGAUGAGCCUCCGAAGUACAGUGACGCGCGUACAACAGGAGGAAACUAUUCGAAUUGGGGUGAACAAACUAAUGCUACACAUGGAAGCUCUCAUAUUUUAUCCAGAGAUGACAGGGAAAACCCUGGUUCUCAGGGUACUGGCAGAGUUGAUACUGGAUAUGAGUACAAAAACCGCCAAUUGAAAGAAGCUGGAAGGAGUCAGUACCAGAUAAUCCCUCAGGAGGAUUUUGGUUCACAAGCACAAAAUAAACAAGAAAUGACUGCUUCAAAACAGCCACAGUUUUUAAGUCCUAUCCAAACUAGUGUAGACAGCAUGAACCAUGACAAGGUAGCUGGCACUGAUGGGCCGAGUGGAUCUGGCACCACUGGCAAUUUGAGUAUGCAAACUGCAAUGCAUGCUGCUAAUCUUUUACAAGCGCAAAACUUGAGCCAAAUAGCACAGAGCCAAGACGCAAUUCCUCCUGCACCAACUCUUCCAGUCACCAGCCAAUUGCAGAAUGCUACCUCCAUAUUGCCUUUUAAUAGCCAACUGCAGCAAAGUGAUUUUUCAUUACAUCCAAACAGGCAAGAUCAGUUUUUAGCUUCUCAGACGGCUGCUCCUUAUAUGGGACACAACCAGCAUGGCUAUACUCCAGGUCCGCAUGCAUUGCCAGAUCUCUCCAUACUUAAUGGACAGAAUUUCAGCGUCGCUGGUCAAGUUCCAGAGAAUCGUCCCACUCCUGCGCAUGCUGGUCAGCGUCAGGCCACCAUGGACAUGCCCAAUCCUAGCCAAGACAGUGGCACACAAAGCAGGCAAGACACACAUAACUUCCAGCCUGUUGCUCCAAAUAUGCAAACUCAGAAUCAAACCUUGCAGGGGUUAUCUGGCCAAGAUAGUGGUAUUCAAAGCAUACACAAUACACACAAUUUCCUGCCUGUUUCUCAGUAUGUGCAAAGUCAGACUCAAAACUUGCAGGGGUUAUCGGUAUUACCAAACUCCAGCUCAGCUGAUAUGGUUGGGGCUCCCGUUCCUCGUAAUGCAGCGACGAGUGGAGAGGAUUUUCGACGUGCAGUAACAUCUUUGGCACCGUUUCUAAUGCAGACUGGUACCACUGGACUACAGUCGUCACAGCCUAAUCUGAAUCCAAGCUUGAUGGUCACUUCGUCAGCUGCAACACCAGCUGUUCAACCCAAUAUGUGGCCUUGGGCACAGCAACAAGCAGGCAUGGUCCAACCCACACACCCUAUUCCAUCUGAACAACAAGCUCCCCAGACAUUUCAGGUAUCAACGGCAGCUGGUACUAGCAAUGGCAACCCAGUGCUCUUAACCCAUUCGGUUGUACCAACUGCUCAUGCGGCUACGUCUGUAGUUAAUGAAACCACCAUGCCUUCAGAAAAUAAGAAAGGAGAACCCAGAGAUACGGAGGGUGAGGCUCCUGAAGAUGGUGACAAUAAGAAGAGCAAGGAGUCCAAGGCACUGAAGUUGUUUAAGCUUGCACUCGCCGACUUUGUGAAGGAAGCGCUUAAACCUACAUGGAAAGAGGGCCAGAUGACCAGAGAGGUUCACAAGACCAUUGUGAAAAAGGUUGUCGACAAGGUUACAAGCACGGUUGAAAACACCCCACAGACAAAAGAGAAGAUUGAGGUUUAUAUGGCGUACUCGAAAGAAAAACUAAGCAAACUUGUACAGGCAUAUGUUGGCAAGUAUGUCAAGGCGUAGCGUUUCUCUCGAAUGACAUCGUCGACGCCUGUUUUUGUGCCUUGUGUCGGAAAACACUGGAAGCACCAUAUCUGUCGUCACAAGUUUAGGAUCCUGUAAAUUAGGAAGCUUUUGUUAAAUUAAAAACAGAUGUUUGGUUUUUUGGGUCAGUUUCAGGCGAUUUGUGGGCGGCACCAAAUGUUGCCUCAGUGUACCUUUUGUAGAAUACUCAAUUUGAAACUUGAGUCAUCUGUAGCAGUAGACUAUGCAAGCUGUGGGAUCAUCUUUUAUGAACAGAAGGCAUAUUUGCAUUGUGUGGGUGGGUGGGUUGUGUUUUUCAUAGCCUGCUGCAAGCCUGCAACCAUGCAGAUGCUUAACUUAGCAUUUCAGCCAAUUCAAUCUUUGUGUACUUGGUUGUUUCUGUUAAACAUUUUGUGUUAAAUCUAGCAACCUGAGUGCCUUUUGGUGAUGAUACAA